AACGAUAUGUGUGCCGACUGUGGCACCCCACAUCCGUCAUGGGCCUCCCUCAACCACGGUGUACUCAUUUGCAUCAAGUGCUCUGGCGUGCAUCGAAACCUGGGUGUGCACGUUAGUCGCGUGCGCUCUAUUGAAUUGGACGACUGGUCGGAGGAGCAACUACAACUCAUGUAUGAAUCAGGCAACGCACUGGUCAACUCAGUGUACGAAGCACGACCUGAACAUGCCAAGCCCAGCCCUGAUUCAGACCCAGCGCUCAUCAAAGAAUGGAUCGAGCAAAAAUAU